CGCUAAGGCCUGACAAAUAAAAAAUAAUAAUUAAUAACAAAAUGAUCAGCAGUAGAAAGUGACCUGUACAGUAAUUGAGCAAAAUAUCAGGGGGAGAUUCAUAAAAUAAGAGGCUAGAGAUGCAGACGCUUUCCAUCAUCAAUCAAAGUAAAAAAAAUAUCACAAAAUAACAUUUUUAUUAAAACAAAAUAAGCUUUCCUUAUUAAAGAGAGCAGAGCAGCUAAGAAAGAGACUCUUCUGGUUGUCCGCACGGCAACCACCACCUCCGGUGUCCUGUCCAUGGCAGGAGCCCCGCCGGCUCCCCACCAGCUCCAGUCGUCGUCGUCGUCGUCGUCGCGCUAGAUGCCCAUGGAGGCCGCCACCCGCCGCGCGCCGGCGUGGCGGUCGUCGUGCCUGGCGCUGUGCCUGCUGCCCGUGGCGCUGCCGCUGCUGCUGCUCUGCCUCCCGCUGCUCUGCGUCGCAGUCGCCGUCGCCCGCUUCCGCCGCCGCCGCCGCCGGCGGAGGCAGCUGUUGCUGAUGACGACGUCGACGAAGAGCAGGAGGUGCUGUCCCGGUGGGCGGUCGUUGCACGGGAACGAGGCGGAGGGCGAGGGCGAGGGCCGCCGCGCCGCCGCCGUGCUGCUGCACAAGUACCUCGAGGACCAGAUGGAGCUCGUGGGCGCCGAGGCCGCGGACGCCGCCGCUGUUGCCGUGGACCCGACGCCGAGCUCGCGGCGAUCGCGACGCGAAGCAGCAGUAGCGUGCGGGCUGACAGAUUGAGGCGCAGCAAACAGAGCUUUGGUGAUUACGGCCGGCAGAUUAGAGGAUCUUUGGGCGUUCUUGCGUCAGACUUACUCUGUUUUCUCGGCCACGAUUUUGAUUUCUUAUUUUUCCAAUUCUGUAGUUGUAGGUUUGGGGAUGAUUUUGCGUUCUGGAUUCAUCCGUGAGGCCUUGUUUAGUUCCAAAAAAUUUUAUAAAAUUUUUCAGAUUCUUCGUCGAAUCUUGCGGCA